AUGGCCCAUAUCACAGCAAUGGCCAUGGAUCAGUCACCACCGGCAGGCUCUUGCAUACGAGUUGCAGCGUUUCUCUCAACCGGAGAAUUCCUAAUACACCGACUCAACUAUACCAAUCCCCAAUACCGCACCGCACCUGUGAGCUACAGGCCUCCCGCGAACACUUCAAGGACAUCACCCAUCAUCAAAGCAGUAUACCACCACCCUCUCCUCGUAACUUUGUCGCAGUCAUUCACACUUUCCAUUUACGAUGUCUCCUCUGACAUCAUCCGGCUCACCCAAAGUCUAACUUCCUUCACCUCGUUUCCUCCAACCUCACUCGUGUUAUCAACCCCAUCCAGCACCAUCUACAAACUUGUAGUGGCCUAUGCCAUCCCCGUGUAUCCAGCACACUGGUCUGUUGGUGCAACGGAACUUAUCAUUGCCGGCUCCUCCAUUCAACCAUCUCAAUCCUUCAGCGCGCCCAGUUUAGGUUUCUCCUCAGAUACGCCAUCCCCUCUCCAUUCCUCCAUGACCGUUCAAAGCACGCGCACAAUACGCUCAAUCGAUGUUCCUCAAGGUUGGAUUGAUGAACGAAAACUUCGCGCAAUGCGUGAACAAUGGGGUCGAAAGCUGUCCCAGAUUGCGGAUACUCAAACUGACGGAAAGUGGAUCGUGCUUGCUCCAGGCGAUCAAGUACCGUACCUUGCCGGCUAUACGCCACCGCAUGUGCCUUUCCCAUCGAGUUCCAGUACGUCCCCUGUCGGCGCAACCUCCACCACUCAAUCUACGAAUGUCAUGAAGGCGUCACCAAUGCAGAGUGAAACAGGCUUACAACUCUAUCGUCUGAGUUUACCUCCCCACAGCUCUUCCGUAUCGGCAUCACCACCGAAGCUGACCUUUGUGCGAACACUCCACGGACAAUCGGGCCCUGUAUCAGCCCUUGCCCUCGCAGACGGUCGAUGCGUCAGCCUCGCGCACAACGGAAGCAUUUGGGUAUGGGACCUGGAGAAUGGGACCGGCGCUGAGGUUGCUGCUUGCGAUGAGCCCGCGAUAGGCAUUCCUCCGAAACCACGACAAGGCACGGUAGUAUUCGACGAGAGACGGAUCAUAUCUUCACUUGAAAGCAACGUUGUCGUUCGUAGGUUCGAUAUCUGA